GUCACACACGAAGCCAGACACGACAACUUCACCUACUCUCUUGCCUCUAAUUCGGAAGCCCACCUAGGCUGUCAGCGGCUCGAUUCAAGCUCACCAUGUCGAGGAAGCAAGUAAAAGGAGAGUACAUCGAGACGGACACUGGCAACAAGGUUGCUCGAAAGGCCGUCCUCGUCGGAACCCAACACAUCAUGCUCGGAGGCAAGACCAUCAUCCAAGCCGACGCAAUGAUCCGAGGAGAUCUCGCACGCACCUCGCAACCUGCAUCCACGCCGGGCGCUGCACCUGGGAGUAACACGGCCGUGGCUAUUGGGCGGUAUUGCUUCCUCAGCAAGGGCUGCUGUUUGCGCCCUCCCGGACGCAUAUACAAAGGAUCCUUCACGUACCUCCCCCUCCGACUAGGCGACCACGUCUUCGUCGGCGAAGGCACAGUCGUCCAAGCCGCCACCAUCGGCAGCCACGUCCACAUCGGCCAGAACGUCGUCAUCGGCGAAUUCGCCAUCAUUAAAGACUACGUCCGCAUUCUCGAUGGCGCCGUCGUCCCACCCAACAUGGUAAUACCGAGCUUCAGCAUUGUCGCGGGACAGCCCGCUCGCGUCGUCGGUGAGAUCCCUGAAGGCGGCCACGACGCUUUCGAGCUUAGGGAGCUCUAUAAGACGGUCGGCAAUAAUCCGCAGCCGUUACCCGUGUGAAGAGGGAUAUGCGAGACCUUUUUUGCUCGAAAGAGUCAUAUAUGCCAGGCCUAGACGGCCACGAGAAGCGAGUUAGGUCACGACUGGACAGAAGCAUUCUCUUACUACACAUCGAGGGCUC